ACGUCACGGCGGUGGUUUUCGGGCUGAUCGGACUCUUUUGGCUGCUGUGAGUUCACUGUAUUGUAAAGGGUACCGUGGAUCCUCGGAGGAGGAGGGGGGUCGAAUUUGCAAAAAUCUCCCGACUAGCUUCACAUCCGGAGUCUCGACGAUCAUAACUUAUCGCACCUUUUACCUUUUUACAGAGCUGACUUUUAUUGUUUUUAUUAAUUUAUUCUAUUUUUCUUAGUUUAUGUUUUACACUCCGGGAGGGCAGAAAUGGCGGCCAACAUGUACCGGGUCGGAGAUUAUGUAUUCUUCGAGAACUCCUCCAGUAACCCUUACCUGAUCCGCCGGAUAGAAGAACUCAAUAAGACCGCCAGCGGGAAUGUGGAGGCCAAGGUGGUUUGCUUCUACAGAAGGAGAGACAUCUCCCACAGCCUCAUCCAGCUCGCAGACAAACAUGCAAAGGAAUUGGAAGAGGAGAAGGAAAACCCAACAGAGACAGAGCUAACAGAAAAACAAAAACACCAGCUUCGCCACAGAGAGCUCUUCCUGUCCCGGCAGUAUGAGAGUCUACCUGCGACACACAUCAGGGGGAAGUGCAGCGUGGCUUUAUUGAACGAGACCGAAGCUGUUCUUUCAUACCUUGACAAAGAGGAUACUUUCUUCUACUCCCUGGUGUACGACCCCACACAGAAGACCCUGCUGGCCGACAAAGGGGAGAUCAGAGUGGGACCGCGCUUUCAGGCAGACGUACCAGAAAUGCUCCAAGAGGGAGAAGCAGAUGACAGGGACCAGGCAAAGCUAGAAGAGAAGCUGUGGGAUCCAGAAUGCCCACUCACCAAUAAACAGAUAGACCAAUUCCUUGUGGUGGCGCGGGCAGUCGGGACCUUUGCUCGAGCGCUGGACUGCAGCAGCUCCGUCAGACAGCCAAGCUUACACAUGAGCGCAGCAGCAGCUUCGCGAGAUAUUACACUGUUCCACGCGAUGGACACCCUGCAUCGUCAUAAUUACGACCUGUCCAGUGCGCUGAGUGUACUGGUCCCAGCAGGCGGCCCGGUGCUCUGCAGGGAUGAGAUGGAGGAAUGGAGCGCUUCGGAGGCCGCCAUGUUCGAGGAAGCACUAGAGAAAUACGGAAAAGACUUUAACGACAUCCGACAAGACUUUCUGCCGUGGAAGUCUCUGACCAGUAUCAUAGAGUACUACUACAUGUGGAAGACCACAGACAGAUACGUGCAACAGAAGAGACUGAAGGCAGCAGAGGCCGAGAGCAAACUGAAGCAAGUUUAUAUUCCCACAUAUAACAAGCCCAAUCCAAACCAGAUCUCAAUGACCAAUGGAAAGAUGGCGACAGUGAAUGGGGCGGGGCCUGGGGCCUACCACGCAGCAGGUGGAGGACGGGCCUGCGAAAGCUGCUACACCAUGCAGUCGGCCCAGUGGUACUCGUGGGGACCUCCCAGCAUGCAAUGCCGCUUGUGCGUUUCCUGUUGGAUGUACUGGAAGAAGUACGGUGGCCUGAAGAUGCCAAGCAGAGCAGAAGGCCCAGAAGAGAGGACCUCACCCAGUCCUGCAAGCAACGAGUCCCGCCCCCGGGGUCACGGCCCCCGCCAGUCCAACCACAUGGUGCCCAUGCGGAACAGCGGCAGCCCCAAGUCCUCCAUGAAGACCAAGCAGGCUUUCCUGCUGCAGGCCACCCGCCUCACCAAGCUGGCCCGGCACAUGUGCCGUGACAUCAUCAGGCUGCGCCGUGCUGCGCGCCGGCCCUUUGUCCCCAUUAACUGUGGGGCCAUAAAGGCAGAGUGUAAGAGCUCUUUCAAUUCCUCCUAACUUCUGCCACAUGGACACACAACGCAGAUCCAUAUGCAACACACACACACACCCACACACACACACACACACACACACACACACACCCUCACCCUGACUGCCCUUAUCAACCCCCCCAUCUCGCCCUCUGCCCUCCGUCUGUCUCUUUCUGUUUUUAUUAUUAUUAUUGUUAUUAUUAUUUUUGUUUUUGUAUUCUCCCACCCCCUGUUUCCAAUAAAGACUGCCUGUCCUCAUAA